AUGGAGGUGGCGGGGUCGGAUGAGGUCGAGUCUGCUGAAGAGGAGCGCAGCGAUGAGGAUCAAGCGGAAGGGGAGCAGACGGGGCGCGAAGAGGAGGGGGACGAAGAGGACGAGGGUGAGGAGGAUGAGGGUGAAGAGGAGGAGGGUGAGGAGGGCGAGGUUGAGGAGGAGGAGGGUGAGGAGGAGACGGAUGGGGAGUGGGAGGAGCGUGAGCUGGUGCCAGUCGGAUCGGUGGAUGCCCUGACAAGCGACGAGGAUGAGGCAGAGCAACCCAGCGAUGAGGCAGGCCUUCCCCUGUUGGACCGCUCUGUCAGCGCUCAGCACCAGUACCUGGGGGCGUGCGACGAGCUGCAGGGCGGUUACGGGUGGCUGGAGGAGGGGCAGGUGCUGGAGCUGCCCAUGCUGGUGCUGUGGGGCGUGGUGCUGUUCCCCGGCCAGAUGCUGCCCCUGCGCCUCGACCUGCAGGAGCAGCGUCACGUGCUGGCGCGCGCGCUCGCGGCCCCGCCGCCAGCACGGCGCCUCGUAUUCGUCGCUGGCGCCGCGGCCAUCGAGGCCGAGGGCGGCGCGCACGGCUACGCGCUGGUCAACUGCAGCACAGUCGGGACCACAGCCGAGAUCCGGUCUGUUGGGCGCGUGCAGGAGGACGGCGCGGUGGCGGUGGUGGCACUGGGGCGGCAGCGGGCGCAGAUUGCGGAGCGGCGGGACGGCCGGCUGCGGCGUGGGUUCGUGCCUAUGGGCACGCGCACCGCGCGCAUCCGCGUCCUCGGGGAGGGCUGCCGCCAGCGCCCCCCGCCCGAGGUCGCCCGCCACGCGGCCGCCUGGGGCCCCCUCGAGGCGCGCGCCUUCGACCUCCCGCGGCUGGCCGCCGCGGUCCGCCGCGCCCUCGCCCUGCUGCUGCCACAAGGCCUGGCGUCUCGCCCGCCGGCGGGCGCCCUGGAGCUGUCCUACUGGGCGGCGUCAAACCUGCCGCUGGAGCCGGGGCUGCGGCAGGCCCUGCUGGACGCGCGCGACGCGGCGGCGCGCCUGAGGAUGCUGGUGGCGCUGCUGGCGCGCGCGGACCGCGUGGCGUGCGCAGGGUGCGGCACCCUGGUGGCGGCGAUGCGCGACCUGUUCAACUCGGCAGGCGACGGCAGCGGCGGCGCCUUUGUCAACCCCCACGGGUGCGUCGCGCGCGGGAGUGGGUCGAUUGUCAAGGGACGGCCCCAGCUAGCCGCCUGA